AUCCCUCUCUCCAUCUCCCUCUCUCUCCUCUCUCUCCUCUCUCUCUCCACUUCCUCUCUUUCUCUCUCUCUCUCUCCUCUCCCCCUCUCUAGAUGGAGCCCAAGCGUCUGAAGAAGGACCUAGUAAAGGUGCUGAAGUCCGUGAAGCCUGAGGAUCGUGUUCUGGUCAUAGGGACGUCCAGGAGGCCCUUUGACGCAGACCUCAAGCCCUUCUGUAAAGUCUAUAGGAAGAUCAUCCUCAUCCCCAGACCUGACUAUGCCUCCAGACUGGUGCUGUGGAGGGAGCUGCUGUGUGGUGGCGGUGCUCGCCUCACCCCCAGCCUGGACCUGAGCUCCCUGGCCAAGGUGACAGACGGCUACACCCAGGGCCACAUCCUGCAGGCUGUGAGGCUGGUGCUGACCCCUCGCAGGCUGGCCCAGCAGACUACCAGACCACUGACCGCUGAAGAGUUCAUCCCUCCACUGGCCAGACAGGACCCCGUUUACAAAGAGGAGGAGGAGGCCUUUAAGGUUCAGUAG